ACUGUCAAUUAUAUAAUUCGUCGGUCUUGGAGAUUAGGCCCUUUCCGCAGAAGCCCUUAGCUCUGGGGGUGAAAGGCCACACAGAGAUACUCCAUCACAACAUCGAAGGAGCGAACACAACAAGUGGUGCUGUGAAGGAACCCGGACGAUAGCACGCGUUCACACAAUUACAUCACCUCCAGUGCUCGGGAAACGACUAACUCAAAUACAUUCCUUUGGACACGACCAUUCACUCGUAGUGUGUAUAUUAUCAAAGCAUGGAUUUACUCUGCUGUGAAGGACCGAGAUUUCGCUUUGCGUAUAAAGACCCUGCCAUUCUUAAAGACGAUAGAGUUCUAACUAACUUGUUGGCUUGCGAGGAGAGAUAUCUACCGAGCUGUAAUUAUUUUAAAAUUGUUCAAACCGAAGUUGAGCCACACAUGAGGAAAUUAGUAGCGACGUGGAUGUUAGAGGUUUGCGAAGAAGAACGUUGCGAGGAAGAAGUGUUUGCUUUAUCUAUGAACUAUUUGGACAGGAUUUUAUCUCUGUUACCGGUAAAAAAGUUCCAGCUUCAAUUACUUGGUGCAGUGUGCAUGUUUAUCGCGAGCAAGAUGAAAGAGACCUCUCCACUCACAGCUGAAAAACUGUGUAUUUAUACAGAUAAUUCGAUCACAACCGAAGAACUACUCGAUUGGGAACUUUUGGUAUUAGGUAAAUUAAAAUGGGACGUUUCAGCAGUGACUCCACACGACUUCUUAGAUCAGAUAUUUUCAAGACUCCCGCUUGAUAGAUCAACCUUAGAUGUAUUACGGAAGCAUGCUUCAACGUUUAUCGUACUUUGCUGCACAGAUGACAAGUUUUUACUGUAUACUCCUUCCAUGCUCGCGGCCGCCUCCGUGUGCGCGGCUUUCACGGGCCUGGGUAUAUCAUCUCAUGUCAGCUCUAGAUCAUGGACUGCAACACAUCUAGCGAGCUUACUACACGCGAUUACGAAUAUAGAACCCGAAUGUCUUAGAAGUUGCCAAGAUCUAAUGGAAGAAGUUUUACAUCUAAGCGUCAAGGCAGACCCGACGAGAGGGAAGGAGGCGCAUACCCCUUCCACACCCUCGACACCCACAGACCUACAAGAAAUUCAAUUUUAAUACUUCCUAGUAGUCCGUUUAUUCGAGUCGUUCAUUCUGGCUAGAUUUUCAGCGUCACCGCGCCGCUGCCAAUCGGGCCAGGCCCCCUCCGCAGGCGUGAGAAAUUUCAGGAGUCCACACAUAUGAAUACUGCAGUGCAAGGCUUAUCUGUAUGUGGCCCUAGUGUGUAUAUAUUGUGAAUAAAUACUGGAUUUGACAUAAA